AUAGGUUUCAAAACGAAAUGAAUUUGAUUAUUAACAUUAAUUGAAAUUUUCAUUAGUUGAUCAUUUCUUUUCCACUAAUCUUCUUUCCAUAAUUUAUUGUCAUUUAAAGUUUAAUUUAUAAAAAAUGGAGUAUAGCGGCGAAGGAAUAGAAUGUAUUCGAAAAGUCGAUGCUGGUGAAUUAUCCUACGAAGAUGUAUGCAGAAAAUUGAAUACGAACAUUGAAACAGGUCUUGAUUGGAAUGAAGCUAAUCGCCGUCUUCAGAUUUUUGGUCAUAAUGAACUUAAUGUCAAACAAGACGAAAGUCUUCUCAGUAAAUAUCUUGAACAGUUUCGUAAUCCUCUCAUCAUACUUUUAUUAUGCUCAGCAUUUGUCAGUGUUUGCAUGCAACAAUUUGAUGAUGCAUUCAGUAUUGCAGCGGCCAUUAUUAUUGUUGUUACGGUCGCAUUUGUACAAGAAUAUCGAUCAGAAAAAUCAUUGGAAGAACUAAACAAACUUGUUCCGCCAACAUGUCGUUGUAUACGUAAUGGAAAGGUUGAAACAUUUUUGGCGCGAUCAUUAGUGCCGGGUGAUAUUGUUAUAUUGGAAACUGGCGAUCGAGUUUCAGCUGAUCUUCGUCUUGUGCAAUCAAUUGAUUUGUCCGUGGAUGAAAGUAGUUUUACAGGUGAAACUGAACCUGCAUCAAAAUCAUCCGAACCAGUGCAAAAUGCAUUGACUAAUAAUGCUAAUAUUGUAUUCAUGGGCACUCUUGUUUGUCAAGGCAAAGGUAAAGGUAUUGUUAUAAGUACUGGAAUCAAAUCGCAGUUUGGCAAAAUAUUUCUAUUGAUGCAAUCUGAAGAAGCACCAAAGACACCAUUGCAGAAAAGCAUGAACACAUUGGGCAAACAGCUUUCUCUAUAUUCAUUUGGUAUAAUAUUCUUAAUUAUGUUCCUUGGCUGGAUACAAGGACGACCAUUGAUGGAAAUGUUUAAUAUUGGUGUAUCGUUAGCUGUUGCAGCCAUACCGGAAGGUUUGCCCAUUGUUGUUACCGUUACGCUUGCCCUUGGUGUAAUUCGUAUGGCUAAACAAAAUGCCGUUAUCAAACGUCUCCCAACUGUUGAAACAUUGGGAUGUGUUAAUGUUAUUUGUUCGGACAAGACAGGAACGUUGACCAAAAAUGAAAUGACCUUAACCUCGAUUGUAACAUCUGAAUUAUUUCAUGCUGAAUUAUCCGGCAUUGGUUAUGAUAGUUUUGUUGGCGAAAUUGAUUUGAAAACAAAAAAUGCCGAAUCUACUAAGCCUCAAUUUGAAUCGAUACGACGUUUGCUCAGAGUUGGUUGUAUUUGUAACAAUGCUCAAUUAGUUAAUGGUCGUUUAUUUGGACAACCAACCGAGGCAGCUAUACUUGUUGCAGCUCGUAAAUUUGAUAUGACCGAUAUUCGUCAACAUUAUGACCGAUUAGAAGAGAUACCUUUCUCUUCCGCUCAGAAAAUCAUGGCCGUCAAAGCAAUACCGUUGUCCAACUUUAUAAAUAGUGAUUUAAAAGAAUCGACACUCAUUGGCGAUGAUGAUGGCGAUUGUACAUUUUCCAAUAAUUGUGCCAAAUAUUAUGUGAAAGGAGCUUUAGAAGUUUUGCUUCCAACAUGUACAAAAUAUGCUUUUAUUGAUAAACAAGUGCCUCUUGAUAAAAAUCAAAUGGAUAAGUUUCAUAUAGCCGCACAAGAUUUGGGUCGUAAAGGACUUCGAGUACUUGCCUUUGCUUACGGUCCCACCAUGAAUGAUCUCACAUUUGUCGGAGUGGCAGGUAUAUUUGAUCCACCUCGAGAAGGUGUACGUGAAUCGAUUCAAGCAUUACGAUCAUCAACUGUUGAAGUUAAAAUGCUAACUGGUGAUGCUAAAGAAACAGCCUGUGCUAUCGGUCAACGUCUUGGUCUUCAUGUCCCGGAUAAGUUACCGAUUUCGGGCGAAGAAAUUGAUCAACUUGAUGAUGAAUCAUUCGCUAAUAUUGUUGACCGUAUAUCGAUUUUCUAUCGUGUGGGUCCUAGUCAUAAGCUACGAAUUGUCAAGGCAUUGCAAAGCCAUGGUCUUAUUGUUGGAAUGACCGGUGAUGGUGUUAACGAUGGUGUUGCGUUAAAAAAAGCUGACAUCGGUAUUGCUAUGGGUAAAUCGGGUACCGAUGUUUGUAAAGAGGCUUCCGAUAUGAUUCUGGUUGAUGAUGAUUUUCACACAAUUAUGUUAGCCAUUGAAGAGGGUAAAGCAAUUUUCUAUAACAUACAAAAUUUCGUUCGAUUCCAGCUCAGCACAAGCAUUGCUGCCUUAUCAUUGAUUGCCAUUUCCACAUUGUUACACAUUCCAAAUCCUUUGAAUGCAAUGCAAAUUCUUUGGAUCAAUAUUAUCAUGGAUGGCCCACCUGCUCAAAGUUUAGGCGUUGAGCCAGUCGAUCCGGAUAUAUUAUCUCAACCGCCGAGAAACGUUCGACAACCAAUGAUUACUAAAGAUUUGAUUUUUAAUGUUCUAGUUUCAGCUAUCAUAAUCAUAUUAGGCACAUUAUUUGUUUUCAUUCAAGAGAUGAGUGAUAAUGUUGUUACACCGCGAGAUACCACAAUGACUUUCACUUGUUUUGUUUUCUUUGACAUGUUCAAUGCAUUAAGCUGUCGAUCUCAGACAAAAUCUAUCUUUCGAAUUGGCAUUUUAAGAAAUCGAUUUUUUUUGUUCGCCGUUUUAUUUUCAUUAAUUGGACAAUUAUUGGUCAUCUAUGUUCCUUUCUUUCAACGUAUUUUUAUCACCGAAUCCUUAACAAUACAAGAUUUAUUAUUCUUAUUAUGUAUCACAUCAACCGUAUUUAUAGUAUCGGAAAUACGAAAAUAUUUUUGGCAAAAAACCUACAGAAAACAGAUGUUCAUGAUAGCUAAAGAAAAAAUGAACAUGGUAUGAAGUUCAUCUUUUUAUACAUUUUGUACAUCUUUUUUUUUAUUCAUAUAAAUUCACAUCUAUCGGACGCUAGUCGUAAUUGGAGAAAAAAAAAUUUGUACCCUAUAUUACUAUUUUCAACAAAAUUUUGCUUUGUGAUUCUUU